AUGAUCAAGAUAAGAACUUUAAUGAGCAAGGAAAGAGAGCUAGCCCUAACAAAACUACUUAUAGAGUACGCGGAUGUCUUCGCGUGGAAAUUAGGAGACAUGCCGGGAAUAUAUCCGAAGAUAAUUCAACAUGAGCUCCGUAUAAAACCAGGGACAACUCCUUUCAGACAGAAGGUAUGCAAGAUAGCUCCAGAGUAUCAUCAGCCCAUUGAGAAUGAACUCAGCAAGUUGCUAAAAGCAGGAUUCAUCAAGGAGACCCCUGAAUGUGAGAUAGCUUUCCAACAAAUUAAGGAGUACUUGGCAACAAUCCCCAUUCUCCAGAAGCCGGAUCCUGACGAAGUAUUGGCUCUUUAUAUAGCUGCAACCGAUGAUGCGGUCAGCGCAGUGCUGGUUAAAACCAAUACGAAGAUUGAGCAGCCAAUUUACUAUGUCAACAAGACACUUAACCCGGAGGAACGGAAUUACACGAAGAUCGAGCAGCUCAUUUUGGCACUAGUAUGGGCAACUCAGAAGUUGAGAACCUAUUUCUUGACUCAUUAUGUUCGUGUCCCCUGCAAAGCACCUUUAGAGGUUAUUCUCAAAAGCACUGGGAAAGUUGGGAGGAUAGAAAAAUGGAACACACAUCUCGACCAAUUCAACAUAAUCCAUGAGAUUCAACAUUCCCAGAAAUCUCAAGUUUUGGCAGAUUUCCUAGCGGACUUACCUCUGGACAAUGACGAGGAAGUCCAAGGCAUGCCAGAAACCGAAGAUGGAAAAGACCCUGUCGAUAUUUUGGAACCUACAAACCAAAGGCAAUGGGAAGUCUUCGUAGACGGGUCCAGAAAUCGGGAAGGUGCUGGCAUAGGCAUCGUAAUCGCCACCCCCACCGGAGAAAGGAUCGUCCAUGCGCUGAGACUAGAGUUCAAGGGGCAUACCAACAACAUCGUCGAAUACGAGGAUGUGGUACACGCUCUUCGUUUAAUAAUAGAAAUGGGCUUAACCAAGCUCAGAUACAUUUCAUCUAUGUUAAAAGAUGAGAGCGUGAAAGCUAUCAAAAUAUCCAGCGUGUACGAACCUUCCAUCAUCCCUCAGCAAUCCCUCGCUACACACCGCAAGGACAACGUUGGGGAGGACAUUGCUGAGGAUGAUGUAAGGGAGGAUAUUUACGAUGAUUUCAUGGAAGAUGAUAUCGUAACGAAAGCAUAUGAGGAUGAGGAUUUUACCAAGGAAAAAGAUUGGAGAUCUGAGAUUCAUCUUAACCUUCAAGAAGGUACUCUACCUGCAGACCUGAAACUAUCCAGGAAGAUACAAGCCAAGGCAGGGAGAUAUGACCUCCGCGACGGGAUCUUAUAUAAAAAAUCUUUCCUCGGGCCAUUACUACGAUGCGUGUCAAGACAAGAGGGGCACCUCAUUCUAAAAGAAAUACAUUAUGGCGAUGCAGGGAAUCAUAGCGGAAUGAGAUCGUUAUCGGACAAGGCAAAAAUGCAGGGGUAUUACUGGACGCAUAUGAUAAGAGAUGCAGCUAGGAUGGCCAGAAGAUGUGAAGAAUGUCAACAGUUUUCCAGAAGGAUCCAUGCUCCCGCAACAAAGUUAAAUUCUGUAGAUAGCCCCUGA